UCUCUCUCUCUCUCUCUCUCUGUCACACACUCUCUCUAUCUCUCUUUCCUUUAAUCAAAACCAGCUUGUUGUCCAUCUCAUUGCCGUGGUUACUGAUAAACUCACUAUUUUCUCUUUCUUUUUAGCCAAUAUUCACAACACUAGCAAUGAGUUCACACGACACACGUUCAUCACAACACACAACAUCAAGGACCAAAGCGAGUUCUUCAUCUGAACCGACGGACUUGAAGAAGCUCAAGUCAAAAUACGGCUCCAAGUUGGCCACGCUGAAAGAGUUAUUCGCAGACUGGUCCGACGACGAUCUCUUAUUUGCUAUUUCUGAAGCAGACGGUGAUCUUGAGCUUACAAUAGACCGCAUCAGUGAAGGUCACACUAGUCAAUGGGGCGAAGUGAAAACGAAAAAGUCAAAGAAAGAGGCACAGAAAGCCAAAGCAGCCACCCUUCCUCCGCCAGCGACUCAACCGUCAUAUAACAAACCCGAACGUUCACAAGCGCCCAGAGUUCCCACUGACAGAACUCGACCUGGAAGAGGUGCUCCUGCUGCUAAUCGAGGCUCCGCACCACGUUCUGUCAAACCGGCUUCCAGUCAUCUUUCGUCGGCACCGUCAUGGGGCGAUAACCGAGGCCGAACCGCUGCCACGUCUGCCACUAAACCCUCUCAAGAUGCUGGAAACACUUGGGCUUCUAUCGCUAGGACUGCUAAAGCACAACAAGAACCCCCCGCUUCCUCUCAAGACACGACCGGUUGGAAUGCAACCGCUGACGAUGGCUGGAAUGCUCCAUCUUCCUUUACCAACGACACCACCGCCGCUAACGACGGUUGGUCUGCCCCUUCCACUGCCGCCGCCGCCACCACAUCCACCACUACAUCUAAUACUGCUCCCCACGACUCAACUGCCGAACCUACUUCUUCUGAAUCUACCGCCAUUCCCUCUGAACAACCAAAGACAUGGGCUAGUCUGCUAAAGGCUCAAGCCAAGCCAGAACCAGUACAGCAACCUUCGGCAACUGAGAAUGAGACCGAACAGGAAAAGCCUUCCAACGAACCCCCGGUGACCGAUGAAUGGUCAGCAGCUGUUGACGUGAACAGUGGAUGGAAUGCAUCAGAGAGUGCAUGGAAUACAUCUGAAAAGGCCGAGGAAACUCAGUCUGACGUUCCCGAAUGGGCCACCGAACCCGAGCCUGUCAAACCAGUAGACGAAGCCGCCCCCGCUGCAGAUGCAGGUUUCUCCGAUACCAAGACAAAGCAAGCUGCCACUCGUCGUCUUAACCAAGAAGAACCCGUGGUCCUGCCCAACAGUGGUAGCUCCUUGACUUCAGUCGGUGUCAAAUUUGGAAGUUUGACCAUUGAUGACAGUGGUGCGGAAACCUUGGAAACAGUGGAGCAAGAAGUAGUAUCUUCUACCAAGCCAACUUUGAAAGAACAGGCCAAUGCCAUCCCAUCCCAACAACCAUCCCAGCCACAACAACCUGCUGCCACCGAAAAAUCCUCCACCGAAUCGCAACCUCAACAAACCUACGCUGAUCGUUAUCCCGCCAAUGCGGCAGCUGCCAACAUUGGUCAAACCGUACCCGAUUUGCAAAGUGUGGAUGCCUUUGGCGCCCAGAAUAAUAACAAUGCUUCCUACUUGAAACAGCAGCAACAGCAACAGGAGCCCACGUACGGUACUCAGGCUCAACUUGGUCAUCAUCAGCAACAGAUUCCCCAACAACCUUUCGGCAUGGAACAGCUUACUUCCGCUUACAGCAACUACUUGCCUAACCAAACCCCGGCUGGUAUUUCCGGUUUCGGUAUGAACCCCAUGGCCACCUUACCCGAUUACGGCCUUUACGGUACCGAAGCUCAACGUGCCGCCGCCAUGGGAUACUAUGAUCCGGCCGCUUUCUCUCAUUCGCCUUCCGUCACUGCCGCUUCCGCUUAUCCCGGACGCGAAAAGUAUGGUCAAGACGCUUCACCCAUGGGUACUCCCAAUGUCGCUUCAGCAGGAGCUCAAUCCAUUCCUCAACAGCAACAGAUGUAUCCUGCGAACCUGCCUUACUUCCAAUACUACUACAUGCCUAACCAAUUCAACGGUUAUCCUCCGUCCGGUUAUGGUCAGCAUUUCAUGAAUAAGAGCAUGUACCCGGCCAUGUACCAACAUACCGCUAAACCUACCGCCGGUGCUUCUCCUUACAACGCCACCGGUUCUCCCUAUAACGCGACCGGAUCGCCUUACGCUUCGCAAUCCCAUCUUUACAACCAAACCGUUGCCGGUGGUUACGAUGAUAUGGCGGCUUUGCAGCAGCAGCUCGGUGGCAUGGGUGGUGGAUUGAGCGAUUACCAGAAAAUGUACGGCUCCAACCCUCAGAUCCACGGUAUUUUGGGCAAUUUGCCAGCUCACGGAGGCCAGCCGGCGCAAGGUCAGGUGUCGCAACAAUCGAAUGCGGCUGGUAAGGCUGAUGUGGGCGGUAGCCAGUACAGCAAAUAUGACAAGGGUUCCGGUGCAGCUGGUGGACCUCUGCAGGGUAGUCAGCAAGGUCAGCAGCCAUUGUAUCAACAGAGCCUCGGUGGUAAUCCCUCCAACUACUUUGGUCAAUCCCAGCAAAUGUUUGGAUAUCAGCAGCAAUAUCCUCAAUCGUUGCACCAAUAUCAGCAGCAGCAGGGUCAACCUAACCAACAGGCGCCUUCCGUCAGCCGACAGCAACAACAGCAAGCUCAACCGGCGCAACAACCACAAUACUGGAAUCAAUAAACACCGAUGAGACUGGGACUCGGAUAAGAAAAAAAAAUAAGUUCAUUUUUGUGAUUAAUUCUAGUGGUUUUUUUUUUUCAUUCAUUGGUUUACAUUGGGAUCUCUUUUCUCUUUUUCUCUGCUAUUUAAAAUUUUCUCCUCUCUUUUGUCCGUUUGAUUAGCCAAUUUUUCGUUGUGUGUUGAUUCUUCGUCGUGUGAUCUCUCUUUUCAAAAAGAAAAAAAGUGUGCCAUUCAACCUCUUGUUGGCUUUUAAUAACGAUAAUCUUG